AUGACAGCUGAGGAAACAAGGUCGUCUCUAGGAGCCCUCGCGGACGCAGCUGCUGGUGCAUCAGAUGAGUCGCUGGGAUACGAUAACGUCGGUAGCAGUGGUGCUCAAGACGGAGAAUCAUCAUCAUCAUCUAGGUCAGUCACAGCUUUUGUGCAGACAUUUAUGCUGGGAAAGAAGCAUCGUCAACGAGAGAGACAGCUGUCGAAUGCAGCCGUCACCAGGAGUACAACUAGAAGGAGACUUGGAUCUUAUCUAGAUCAGCCUUUACUUGUGAAGCGCGUCGGCUGUAGCACGCGAGGAAGCUUGACGGAUCUGAGGAUGAUCCCGCAGGUUGCUUUCGUGCAACCAGGAGUGACAUCACAGGAGAACACGGCUACAGAUCUGGGUGCUUUGAGCUUCCUUCAGGAAGCAUCCUCUGAGGCAGCGGAGGAAGAGGAAGAGGAUGCUGAUGAUGAUGAUGAUGAGAGUACCGCUUCGGACCGGGAGGAAUCGGAAAUGGAAGCUACAGAGGCUUCUAGCAAUGGCAGUGACCACGAUGAAGAGGUGGAGCAUGAAGGCAGUGGCGAGGAGGAGGAUUAUGAGCAGAGGUACGACGACGAGGAGGAGGACCAGGCAGACAGCGAGGAUAGUGAGAUCAAUGACGAUCAUGACGAGGAGGCUCAGGCAAGACUGAUUGCCGCUAAACCUUCGAGCCUU